AUGAAGAUUCCAGCGAUACUCGUCACGUCUCUGCUGGUCUGGGGUGGCCUGUCCGAGGGCCAUGUGGUGGUGAAGCGGGACAAAGAGCUGAAGCCGGCCGGGCAGGCGCUCGGCGACGGGUCUGACGCGCUCGGUGCCUCGGUGGAGAACGCGAUCAAAGCGGCCAGAGCGUCGGCCAACGUGGGCCUGAACUUGGAGUUGGGUGCAGGCGCGCGGGCAGCAUCUGCCGCCGCGGCCCAGCAGGGCAAAAGCACGCAGGCGGCGGAGGCUGGAGCAAGCGAGGCGAUCGCCGUCGCUAUAGCCAAGAGCGAGCAAGCUAUCGAGGCAAGCGCGCUAGCCAGCAAGCUGUUGACGAACGCGGCGCAGGCCAGCGAGGCGACCGUAUCGGCGACGAAGAGGGCAGCGCAAUUGAGUGGCGCGGCCAGCGCCGCUGCGAGAGCAUCCGCGGCGGCGGCCGAGGCUGCCACCGAGGCCCAGACGAAAGCCAACGCCGAAGCAGCUAUCGCGGCGAGAGCUUCAGCGGCUGAAGCGGCAGCCGCAGCGGAAGCCGAAGCCAAGGCGUCACUCGCCAGCAAGGCGGCCGCCAGCUUCUUGGCCAAGGCUCGAGCAGCAGCCAGCGCCGAGGCCGAAGCUACCAGACUCGCAGCCGAGGCCCAAGUGGCACUCGCGAAGGCUAGGGUCGCCGUCGAGCAGUCGCAAAGCGCCCAGGCAAUUGCCACCGCUCAGGCUGCCACGGCUGUUCAACUAGAAUCACAGGCGGCAAACGCGGAGGCAGCCGCUGUAGCGCAAGCUGAAACUCUCCUGGUCACGGCGGAGGCGGUCGCCGCCGCGGAGGCUGAGGCAGCGGCAAAAGCUGCCGCUUGGGCGAAGAUGGUUCUUGUAACGUGCCUGUUCACAUGGAGCCUGGUACAUGCAGGUGGCGAAGAGCCCGGUCCCGCCAAGGCGGAGGUCGCCCUGGUGGAGAAGCAGCUGCUGAAAAAAGUGGAAAUUAACGCGAAACGAAAGGAGAACGGCGCCCCGCUACUUGGCAAGGACGUAGUUCCGUCUCUGGCGGUCAUCAAGGGGAGCGCGGCUGCAGAGGCCAAAGCAUCGGCUGAGGUGUCAGCUUCCGCUCUGGCCCUCGCCGAGGCGCUGUUGAGCGCUUCGGCAGCGUCCGCCGCCGCGUCAGCCAAAGCUGCCGCCGCGGUGAAGGAAGCAGCGAAGGCACAGCUUUUGGCCCAGGAGAAGGCUUUGGCCGCGUUGAGAGCUCAGUCCGAGGAACAGGCUGCCUCUGCCCGCGCGGAUGCCGCAGCCGCGGCUACCUUGUCCGCGCUGUCGCGCGCCCAGGCCUCGGCCAACACGGCCACCACUGCACAGGACGUCUCCAGCGACUUGGAGAAACGAGUGGCCACGUUGGCCGCCGCUGGGAAAGCCGCCACCGCCAGAGGGGCAGACGCUGCCGCGCAAUCGAAAUGGUGGGCCGCACUGGCCGCUGAGGUCGCCGCCUCUGCAGCCGCCGUAGAGACGAAAGCCACCGCUUCCUCGCAAGCUACUGCCGCCGCUGCCAGUAAAGCCGCCGCGCUAGCUGCCGAUGCCGCAAGCGCAGAAGCCGCCGCCCAGGCAGAGGCGCAGACCGCUUCCAGGCUGGAGGGCAGAGCGGCUGCCGAGGCAUCGAUCAGCUGGGCCAGCGAGGAUUCGGCCACUGCCCAACUGGAAGCGUCCGCGGCAGCGGAGGCCAGCGCAGCCGCAGCUGUCGGUGAUGGGGUCAUCCUAGGACUUGGAAAGUCAGGCGGUUCCGCGGCUCAAUCGCUCGCUCAAGCCAAAGCCUUGGCACAGGAGAAGCAAUGA